AAUAUCGAUUUAAAGAUAUCCUUUCUUGCAAAAUAACUUUGUUUGGUCGGUCUCCUAUUCUCUGUUCUUCUGGAAAGUCUGAAAUGAAUGUGUUCAUACCAUUCAUGUCGUAAGGUGUUGCAAGACUUCUUUCGACCUUGACGUGUUAACAUGAUCAAUACACUGUCAUCUCGGACAUUAGUUUUUCGGCGUCUACGAACAGACUUUCCUGGAAUAAUGUUUCCUGUAGUCCGACGACAUUUCAGGAUUUCGGAUACAGUGCACUGGGAGCACUCUACAGUUCUGAUAAUGUCUGUUUGCUUCACACCAUUUCUGGACAGUCGAACAAUUUGAUGCCCUAUAACUUCUAGGCAUGACUCUACAUCAAGUACAGAGAAAAUGUUUAUCUGUUUCGAUAAAGAUUAUACCAGAUUUCAGAGAUUUGAAACUGCGACCACAACUUAUGACACUAGCGCCAUGGUGUGGUGUACCUCACCGCUAAUACCGGCGGUUUCGAGCCCGACAUCUCCCCCUAGCGUGUAUCCAGUUUUUGGUCAAUCACAGUUUUUCACAAGAACGACAGUUAUUCCAGUUGCUACUUCACCAACAUGGAAUCAAUCAUUUGGAAUGGAACAAAUGUGGCAGAUGGAAUUUCAGCGGCUUUUUGUUCAGUAUCUUCCACAUUUGUGGUUCCUUUCUCCUGUAGAAGAGAAACCUAUAGGCUCGUGGGGUGCAUUUGUAGACUCUGCUAAAGUGAGAUUUUGUUGCGAGAAAUGUGGACAUGGUUGGACAUCGAUGAAGGGACGAGUAGCUUUUUGGUUUACCUUGAAUCCUUUGACCUGUGAGGGUCUAGUGGUCUUUAAACUUUUUGGUCAGCAAUGUGAUAGGUGUAACAGUGAACGCUACGAGCACGCCAUGUGGUAUCCAGAGGAAGUUAUAAAAGUUUUAGCUAACGUUUACAACCGAAUCGGGCAGGUUUACUACGGUUUUUAUCAACCUCCAAUACACAGAAGCCGCCGACCAGGGAAGCCUCGAACGCCUCACAACAGUAAUCUAUGUCAGGCUUGUAAAAACAGCGUUUGUACAGAACGAAGGUGAUAAUUUGUUUCCAGUGAAAACCAGAAAAAUAAAUUCAUGAACUUUAAUAAUAUUGAUACUUAAUUUCCGUGCGAUGCCACUAAAGAAUAAUAUAUCAUUCUGAAAACUCAGUGAAAUUAUUAAAAAGAAAACGUCUAAUGAUGUCUUAUUUUUUAUUACUUUUCUUUUGGACUGUAUCCGGAAGUUUAGAAGAUCAUAUAAUUAUAUACAAAUUGUGUAUUUUAA